AACUUAAAAGAACGCUUCCUGUGAAAUGCCGAGCACAGCGCAGGGUUAGGGAGAGCAGCUCGGUUCGGAGGUCCGGUCUGGUCCAUUCCGCCUCAGUUCAGCCUGUUUUAUCAUUUUAUCUGCUGUACUGGUAGGAGCCGCUGGGAGUUCGGGUCCGGUCCGGUCCGGACCGGCUGGUGCCGUCCACUUUAAUUCAAUCUACUCGCUGACGGUUCCCUAAACUCGCUCCAGCGCGUUGAAGGCAUCACCAUGUUGUCAGCCCUGCAGUCGACCCAUGACCUUGCCCUGGCCUGUGGUCGCUGCUGCGUCCAGGAGAACCAGAUCACCUUCACACUGAGACCUGGCCAGCACUGCUGUGAGCAGCAGGUGCUGCUCUGCAGAGCCAAGGGGGGCCGUGUUUGGAGGCCGGUCUCCAAACGGCCAACGUUUCCAAACCCAAAGCGAUACGAAGUGUGCUGGCACUUCAAGGAGGGUCAUGGCUGCACGGUGCACAAGAACCGCUGCACCUACGCCAGGAGCGAUGAGGAAGCUGCAGUGUGGACGUUUGAAAAGCAACAUGGGAUGGACCAUCAGCAACUCUGCAGCAUGUUGGCUCAGUCCAAGAGCAAUGCUGAGCAGAAACCCAGUGCAGGAGAAGCUCAACUAGAUCUGCUGGCUGCUCUGGAUCUGAAGGUCGCUUGUGAUUUAUGCUCCAACCAGGACAAUGAAGUCACAUACAGCAUCCAGCCGGUUAUCCACAAGUGCAGCAGGAGUCUCCUCCUAGUUAAAGGGAAGGCCUCCCGCCAGUGGAAGGUUGUCUCUGAGCGGCCCACAGGUGCACACAUGGGUCCCGGAGUCGUUUAUAAAGUAUGCGAUUACUUUGUCGCGGGUUCUGGGUGUACCAAGCACACUCUGGGUCAGGGCUGCACUUACGCCAGGAGCUCUGAGGAGGCCGCUGUGUGGAACCACCUCAAAGAGAAGAAGAUCAGUAAAAGUGAGUUAAUCAGACACGUAGCUGAGUUGGACCCAGGUCCAGAAACUGCAGAACAGGCAGCUCAGAGCAUUCUCCAGAACUUCUCUGGUAAGUUCAUCGAGUUCUGCAAACAUUGUUUUCUGGAGCGGCCAAUGAAACUGUCACCAAAGCGGUGGAACGAGACGUGCUCUGCAGACGCAGCUCACCACUGGGAGCCGGUGUUGGUGCACCACCUGUCAGAUGGCGGGGCCAAGCACACCAUGAGUCAGGUGCGGCCCCCACCUCCUCACCGCCACUUCACCUUCUGCAGCCACGUCAGGCAGGGGAAGCCCUGCUGGCACCAGGCCGGCCACUGCCAGAAGGCCCAGAGCGAGGUGGAGAUGGCCGUGUGGAAGGUGGAGCGCAGCGGCCUCUCCGUCCGGCCUCAGCUCCUCCAGCUGAGUCGGCAGCGCCACCCGCAGGCCGAACAGGUCUCCAUCUUCUGCAAGGUGUGCCUCUUGCUGCUGUCAUCCCCAGAGAGCUUCUACAAGCACUGCAGCAGCCUGGAACACGCCCAGCUGUUGGCGCAGGACACCACCACCAGGUGGAGACAACGGCAGCCUCCACACAACCGCCGGGCGGAGCUGUGGCUCUGUGACAGACCAAAAACCUGCGAAUAUGGAUCCAAGUGUCCUAAAGCUCAUUGUGAGGAGGAGCUGCAGGAGUGGAUAAUGAGAUGUGCAGAGGAAGAGGAGAUCAAACACAGCAUUGAGACUCAGGGCCUGAUGUGCUACAACCAGCAACUUCUGGAUGAUUACAGGAACAGCAGCAAUGAAGUCUACGUGCUGUCUGAACAGGUCGAUGAUGUCAGCGUCUCCUGUGAUAAAGAUUUAACUGUGGAGAGAGAAAACCUCUCUACAGCCCUCAGAUGGACCUUCACGGUGGAGACAGAGAGACAGCUGCUGCAUGUGGCUUUGCUGAAGCAGGAACCAGGAGCUUCAUUCAGCCUCACUGAUAACAGCUCGGAACCAUGCAUCUACUCUGCAGGCGAAAGGUUCCUCGGUGACAAUAUGACCUAUGCCAUCACCGUAUCGUUCACAUCUACACACCCAGGCUUGUAUGAACAGUGGUUGGUGCUAGAUUUUGGAAUGAGACCAGUCCUCCUGAAGAAACUGAAGGUGAGAGUUGGCCAGCAGUCAGUGGAUGACACUGAGGAACAAGUCUUCAAUCAUGGCAUCAUUCUACAAAGUGCAGAGCGCUGGAAUCGAGGGAACAGGGUUAUAAUACCCUGUUCAUACAGAACAGAAAAACAGGAAGAGUUGAUGAAGGAGUACAAGCCUCCACAGCUAAGCCUUCUCUGUAAGCCCUCUAGUUACAGCCAAACAGCACUGACAGCUGAAAACUACAAGACAAAGAUGCAUGAGUUCCUGUACAAUGAGGAGAGAGCUGAGGACCAAGUGGUUUCAAGACUAAAUGUUUGUGGACAAAUUACAACAAUGACUAUGUUGAACGAUCUAAAGUUCGGGAUGGAGUUUGCUCGUCAGGGAGAACUUCUCUGUUCUGUUUCCAUUCCUUAUAAGCUGACCAUGGACAGUCCUGAAGGACUGGUACUGAAACGAAACGUCCAGUCAGCCCUGAUAGCUCCUGUAGACUCUCUCCAUCCAAAGUCCAAGGUCUAUGAAGCCAAGGUUCUGAACCUCAGAACCAAUGAGAACCAGAUACACCUACAGCUGUCUAAACAGUGCUGCUCUGAUCUUUCUCUCAAAGACAACCAAUCUUAUCAAAUGGAGGUCCAGUUUCAGUUGGACCGCCUCAGCUUAUGUACCAUGCACAAAGCUGUAGACCUGCUUCCUGAUACCACCAGAGUCCUGCCAGACCUCAAGAAUUGUGGCGUUCCUGUCAGUGAUGCCACCUACGAGAACCUGAACUCCAAACAGCAGUCUGCACUUGGCUUCAUAACAGGGAACCAUGAUGGAGGAAAGUUGACUGCACCUCUGCUCAUUUAUGGACCUUUUGGAACCGGGAAGACCUUCACCAUUGCUACAGCAGCCAUCGAACUUUGCAGGCAUCCGCAGAACAAAAUCCUGAUUUGCACCCAUACCAACAGUUCUGCAGACCUGUAUGUCAGAGAACACUUUCAUCCUGCCAUCAGUAAAAAUAACAAACUGAAGCCAAUUCGAAUAAAAGCCAACAGUGAAAAGGCUCUGUUUGCCACAGAUGAGAUCACCUUAAAAUACAGUUUUCUCUCUAAAGAUAGAAAGUAUUUUCUGCCCCCAACCAAAGCUGUUCUGGAAGACCACAAUGUAGUUGUGACAACAGCAACAAUGGCAGGACAGUUUCAUGACCUGAAUCUUGCAGACGGACUCUUCACCCACAUACUGAUCGAUGAAGCCUCCCAGAUGCUGGAAUGUGAAGCUUUGUUGGCCCUGAGUCUCGCUGGGCCAAACACCAGAGUUAUUCUCGCUGGAGAUCACAUGCAGAUGGGACCACAACUCUUCUCUGUGGAUGACCACCGUCGAUCAGACUGCACGCUCCUCACUCGUUUGUUCCACUACUAUCAAGGACAAAAAUGUGACGCCGCCCAGAGCAGCAGGAUCAUCUUUAGUCAGAACUACCGUUCAACCAAAGAGAUUGUAGAGUUUGUCUCCACUCAUUUUUAUGUUGGAAAGAGUGAUGUGAUUGAAGCCUCAGGAGACGUUCCAGCUCCUCCAAAUGAUCACGCUCUCCGGUUCCACCAUGUUCGGGGAGAAUGUGUCCUGGAUAUUGUGACUAUGUCUUGGUAUAACAAGCAAGAAUCUUCUAAAGUCACUGAGGUUGUGGAAGACAUUGUGAAGAACUGGCCAACAAACUGGGGGCCCAAGGACCUAAAAUCCAUUUGCGUUCUGUCAGAAGGCUCUCAGGUUCGCCAAAUUCGAUCCACCCUUUUAAGAAAAGACUUUUCUGAAGUAAACGUUGAAACUCUCGCAAACGUCCAAGGUAAACAGUUCAGAGCAGUCAUCCUAACAGCUGUACAAACCCGUGACAGCCUUAAAGAGUCCAACCCGUCUGGUCUGCCUCUCUUCAACGAUGCUCGUGUUUUAAACACUGCGAUGACCAGGGCUCAGUCUCAGGUGACGGUAGUUGGAGAUGCUGCAGCUCUCUGCUGCUUUGGGAAAUGCUCCAGGUUCUGGCAAAGUUUCAUCAUCCACUGCCUCAGCACCAACAGUGUAGAACCAAAGCAUUAUACCAAAGGGUUUUUUGAACAAGAUGUAGGAGAAACAGUGAGGUUUCAGAAGUUGGAAAUUAUAGAUGAGAAAACCAUGUCUGACUCAAUUCUGCAAGAGCUACAAGAUGAAUAUGAACAGAUGAAAACUGAAUAUAGUUCAGAUGAAGAGAGUUUGGAGUCUGAAGACUUUACCCACCAGAAGUUUGGAAAGUCUUCCAAAGUUUCUAGUGAUCGAGAACUGAUGGAGUUACGUGAAAAACAACCAGAGUUUUUCAAGAAAGGAAAGUUUGUGAAGGAGUCUUAUAACAGAGGACAUGUUGUAACAUUUCAUAAACCGACCGGGCGCAUACAUGUUCAAGGGAGAUCCAACAUGGGAAGGGCAUUCACAGGGGAUGAAGUGGUCGUACAAACAGCCAGGGGAGGGCAACCAGCUAGAGUUCUUGGUGUUGUCAAGGAAAAUGAAUCUGCCCGUAAAUUUGUAUGCUUCCUUGAGGAACAAGAUCACUCCAAGAGACCUGCAGCUACCAAUACUAGGUUUGUAAAACGGAUGAUGAUACCCGUCAAUAAAAAUACACCUAAAACAACCAUUCUGCUCCUGGAAAAAAGACGCAACUUUAUACCUGUAUGGGAGGAAAUCAGUGGAGUCUGGACAAUCAUAAGAUCUCACCAUGUCAGUGAGGUGAGGGACAAGGUUUUUGUAGUGCAGGCGAUUGGGUGGAAAGAAAGUUGUCUUUACCCUCUGGGAAAAGUCACAGAUGUUCUCCCAAACAGUGGGCCUCUUAAUGACAGACUUUGGUUGCUGAAAGAAGAAUUUGAGGUCAAAGAUACUAGUUUGGAUACAUAUGAAGGUCUUCCAAAUAAAGAUGAAGACAGUGAAAAGAGGCAGGAUGAAACUAAAACAAUCACAUUUACAGUUGACCCAGAAGGAGCAAAAGAUCUGGAUGAUGCCAUCAGCAUUAGAGAUACUGGAGACCAUUAUGAGCUGGGAAUCCACAUUGCAGAUGUGGCAAGUUAUGUGAGUCCAGGUGAUGAACUAGAUAAGCAUGCAGAAGAACGAGGUUCUACACAUUACCCCGGAGAAGAACCUAUUCAUAUGUUUCCUGGAAACUUGAGCACUGGCCAAUUCAGUCUUCUGCCACAUCAGGAUCGCAGGGUAGUCUCCUUGAUGCUCAAAGUGGAAAAAGAAACACACAAGAUUUUUGAAGAUCCAAAAUUUCAGCUGUCCAUGAUCAGGUCAAAAAGGCAGUUUACUUAUGAAGAGGCAGAGGAGAUCAUCACCCAAAGAUACAGAGACCCCCCCACAUUCAGCACAGAGGAGGACGGUGUCACUGUGGCCUAUCACUUUGCUAAAGUUCAAAGGAAGUUAAGACUGGGGAGAGAGUGGGCUUAUUACCAGUGUGAUGAUGACAGGUCGCCUGGGAAGCGUAAAGCCCACCAGAUGAUUGAAGAAAUCAGUCUGUUCUUUAACAACUAUACAGCAAAAUACUUAUGUAAGUCCAAAGCCAGAUAUCACACACCACUCCGCUGUCAGAGCAGCCCAGACCCUGAGAAGGUAGAGAAAUGGAAAGAAAAAUGUGGGGCAUUAAUAGAAUUGUCCUUUAGUGUCAACCAUGAUGAAAUAAGUCUGCCUAACUCUGAACUAAGCACUGAGCGUUUCCCCAUUUUGGAGACUGUGUGGAACGACAUCCAGUCAGCUCUGAGAGAAAACGACACAGACAAACUGGUGGACCUUGUGGCUGCGGAUGACAUCUACCCUCUGCUCCAACCUGUUCUUUAUGAGUUGCAAUGCUGCAGAAGCAAAGCAUAUUUAAUCCGUUCAAAAUCCUGUGAAGAAGCAGAAGUUGGACAUCAUUCUCUUAAGCUGAACCCUUACACACAAGCCUCCUCACCAAUAAGACGUUACAUGGACCUCAUCUUACAGAGGCUCCUGCACUCUUUCAUAUGUAACAAUGAUCUCCAGUAUACUCGUACUCAGAUUACUGAUCUGUGUCAUCAGUUUGACCCCACCUCAAAGAAAGUUAAGCAAUUUGAGCAAAAGGCUCAACAAGUCUUUUAUGCAGUGAGCACAAAACAGCAGAGUGCACCAAAGCUAGCCUUUGUUAUUUCUGCAGAUCCAGAGGAAGAGAGCUUCAAGGUGUCAUUUCCAUUCAACAGGAACAUAUUUCGUCUGCCUUUGUCCGUUAUGUUCAGUGAAUUACAGUUAGAGGACCAACCAGUUUAUGACUCUGAAAAAAAAUACAUCAUGCUCAAAUGGAAAAGGCGGAUAUAUGCAGCUGACGAGAGGCUGAUCCACCAAGAGUUGACCAAGAUGUCAGGUCGUGGUCCAUGCAUUGAGGUUCCUCUGACAGUUUGGAAAGCUAUGAUUGAAGCAGUUCAAACAGAAAAUCUGGAUCAGGCCAAGUCCCUCCUGAUGGACACCAUUCCACUUCAAUCAGAAAACCUGGACCAGCCCAAGUCCCUAGAUUCACCUUCUACUUUCCAGCACUAUGCUGACAUUGAUCUUCACCUGCAGCCAGGUGGUACCAUGCAGCUGCAAAUGACAUCAGAAGGGAGUAGAGGUCGUCACAUGCCUGUUAUUCAGCUGGUGCACAUUAAACCAAUGUUUGAGAUUUGUGUCCAGCAUGUCCACAACCCCAUCUUAUGUUAUACCCAGUCAGCACAAGAGCCAGCAAAGACUUUCUAUAAAAACACAAAACAAUACGUGGAGAUCUGGAAACCCAUCUGUGAGAUGGAAUCUGCAGCGAAUUCAGUGGAGGAAAGUAAUGGCAUCAUCAUUGAGAAUCUGGAGGUAAAGUUCACUAAGCGGCUGGAAGGCACCAUGACUGGAACAUUUUUCUUACAUCAGAAAUGGAUCACAGAUUGGGUCAUUGAAUGCAACCUUGCUAAGUGCUUGCUUUGCUUUCGGAAAAGAGGUCUGAAAUUACUUUUACCUAUAGAACAUUCUGCACCGGUCGACCCAAAAGAGUUUACUUGGGUGGCUCAUGGCUUCACAACUAAAGUAGAUUCUAGAGAAACUGGAAGUGAAGUGGAUUUCCAUGUCAGUCACCUCCCAAUGGAACAUGUUCCUGAAUGUGUUUUUAAGAGAAACACUCUUUUCACUGCCGAGAUCAUCCCAAAGCUCCUGCCUGACAUCCGGAAAGAAGCUGCUGUUCUCAACCUUGAGACAGCAUGUGACCUAGUCAAGAGGAUUGCACUAGGCCAGAAGAUUCCCAAAAAAAUUAUGCCAAGCAGUGUGCUGAGACACCAGAUCUCCAGGACAGAGUUACCAGCAAAACUGCCAAAGCUUAAUGACAGUCAGCUUCAAGCGGUUGCAGCUGCUCUAAAUAACAACUUUACCCUGAUACAAGGACCACCAGGAACUGGGAAGACGGUGGUGGGCGUGAAUAUUGUGUACUGGUUUUUGAAGAUGAACUCUGAGAACCCCAGGAUAUCUGAAGACCCAAGAGACAAAGACAAAAAGGAAGUCAUUCUCUACUGCGGUCCGUCCAACAAGUCAGUGGACGUUGUUGCAGAGUAUUUGAUGAGUUUUAAGGAGAGUCUUCGGAUCCUCAGAGUCUACGGCCAGCAAGUAGAGAACGUUGAAUACCCUUUUCCAAACAGUGACUUGCAGUUUUCCCACAGGUCACUUCGCCAGGACAAGUCCAACCCAGAGCUCAGGAGCAUCACUCUGCACCAUCGCAUCCGUGGGCCACAAAACCCCUUUUCAACAAAAAUAAAAAUAUUUGAUGAACAGAUUUGUGAAUGGCUCGAGAAAGUCUGGACUGCUGAGGAAGUGAAAGAAUACAGGAACCUUCUCAGAGAUGCUCGGAUAUAUGAGCUGAAGAGACAUGAUAUCAUCCUGUGCACGUGCACACAGUCAUCCACCCCCAUCCUCUCCUCCACCGUCAGUGCACGUCAGAUCCUGAUCGAUGAAAGCGCAAUGGCCACUGAACCCCAGACUCUGAUUCCGUUAGUCUGCAACAACCCAGAACAGGUGGUGCUGAUUGGGGACCACAAACAGCUUCAGCCAAUCGUGAAGAACCAGAGCGUGAAGAAGCUGGGAAUGUCCAGGUCUCUUUUUGAGCGCUACUACACAAGGCACCAUAAAAACACGGCUGUGAUGCUGGACACCCAGUACAGAAUGCACCAGGACAUCUGUGAGUUUCCCUCAAAGCAAUUUUAUGAGAGCAAGCUGAAGACUGGUGUGGAGCAGCUGAGCAGCCUCCUGCGUGUUAACGGAAAGACUAUGCCAAUUGUGUUUGGACAUGUUGAAGGAGAAACUGUUCGUUUGGUGGUGAAGACGGCAAAGGGCAACAACAAAUCUAAAGUCAACCACAAUGAGAAAGAGAAUGUGACAAAGAUUGUUGAAAUGCUCGUAAAAGCAGGAGUGGAUGAGAUGAGCAUUGUGGUUCUGUCUCCUUAUAACGCCCAAGUAGCAGAGAUCCGAGAGGAGCUGACCAAGAUGGAACUAGGAGGAAUUACAGUGACCACAAUCACAAAAAGUCAAGGGAGCGAGUGGCGCUACGUGAUUCUCUCCACAGUCUGCUCCGUUCCCAGCGAUGAGAUUGAGAAGGAACCGGACGGCGCCUGGAUGUCUGAACAUGUUGGUUUUGUAGACGACCCCCACCAGAUCAACGUAGCCAUCACCAGAGCCAAGGAAGGGCUGUGCAUCAUCGGCAACCAGAAGCUGCUGCGACUCAGCCGCUCGUGGCGCCACCUGCUGGACCACUACAGUCUGCACAGCGCAGUGACGGAUGCAGAGAAGAUCUCUGUCUGAAGCCAAUCAACAGCUGGGACGGAAACCACGGCAACCACAGGCCGCUCAUGUGUCACUGCCAGACGCUUUGAUGAUUUUACAUUAAUUAUUGAAUUAUUGAUGUCUGUUUGAUGAAUUUCUAUGUAAAGCUGAAAAUCAUGUUUGUUGAGAAUAUUAAUGCUGCUUCACAGCUGAACUGAUCCCAGGAAACAAACAGGUCCGGUUCUGAUCCGGUACUGAUUCUGAAUACAAUCACUGAUCUCAGGUUUUUAUGGCUGGAAGAAAUAAUCUCUGAUGUUUUACUUUAAGGAGCAUCAUUUGAAAUAUAAAUAAUUGUUGUUGUUUUUUGGUCUCAUUAAACUGGGUUAAACAACUCAAAUGUUUCGGUUCAUUUUAAAGCUCCGCUCCAGACCAGAACCUGGUUUUGGAUCGAAGCAUUUCCACUGUCAACCACAGCACCGUUGCUAGGCAACAGGAACCGGUUUCAAACCGGAUGGAGAUGCUUUUGAGUCGGGUGCUAGAAUCUGUGGGAUCUGCUCUCCAUCGGCUCCAAUGCGGAUCAAACAUCACCAUGGU